AGCAAGCGCAUGUCAGAUGUCAGAAUGGCUCCCUGAGUUGGAACUUUGAAUGGUCUUGAUGUAUCAUACAAAGCAGCAUUCUGCAAAAUGGGUCGCUGUGCACGGUGAUCAAUCAUCGGACCGCUUAUCGCCUGAGCUGCACGCCCUGAUAACGAACCAUGAGCACAGCAGGCCCAUCCAAGGCCGGCUCAACCAGCUCGACGCCUGCGCCGCCAUCCGCAGCAGAAACGCUGUCACAUACGCUGCAUGCCAAGCCUUUCAAGAACCCCAGUUUCUCCAAGCCGCUCAACAGACGCAACAAGACACUGAAGCAGAUCGUCACCGCAGAACGUGAUCUCGCGCUGGGCAUAGUUAAUCGCAAGAAGGGCAAGAAAGGGCAGAAUGGCGAAGAACCGCUCGUGAUCAUCCGCGGGAAGACCAAGCUUGCAGGCGCGGCAGCGAAGGCAGCCCUCAAGCGAGAAGCCAGAGCGAAGAAGGAGGCCGCGGCCAAGGCAGCAGCUGAAGCAGCUGAAGCCGCAGCCGCGGACGGAGAAGAAGGAGAAGAAGAUGAGGCUGAGGCAAACGGUGAAGAAAGCUCGACCGCAACGCCAGCUCCCGCAGAUCAGUCCUCGGCUGGAGCAACCACCGAGGGGGACGCCACCAUGGACGACAUAAGUAUAAGCAUGGUGGUUGCGGACACGCCAGCGUCCACGGCGCAACCUGCAGCGUCAUCGCAGCCAAAAAAGGACGUUCCAAAGUAUUUUACUGUUGAAGCCCCCCCAAGUCUCAGGGCUCGCAAAAAGUACUGUGAUGUGACGGGACUUAUUGCACCGUACACAGACCCCCGCACACGAUUGCGAUAUCACAGUGCAGAGAUUUUCGAAAUCAUCAGGAACUUUGGUCCCGGCAUGGAUCAGGCAUACCUUGCUUUACGCGGCGACUCCACUAGCAUUAAAUGAGAAGCCAAUGGCACACGUGUACAAUACAGCAUCGAUCCAACCUUAUCACUACGCGAU